UUGAAGCUCUUUACCAAAUCAAAGAAAAGUUGACCUUACGGUGUUUAAUACUUAUUUCAUCCACAUAAUUACCUUUCACCAUGGAAGAAGAGAACUGGGCCAAGCGAACAAGAAGCUAUCUUGCCUCUACUCUCCCUCUGGACACAGGAAGAGCUAUCAUGUUCCACCCUGAGCAAGGAUCGAGCAGAAAUCUCCCUCAAUUGGACAAUACAGACAAUUCUCCUCCUGAGCAGUCGACUACUAUGAGUGGGAAAGAAGCUAAACAGUUUUAUGAAGAGGUACUUUCGAUGCCCCAAGAACAUAAUUUUACUCGGCGUAAAAGAAAACUGAAGCCAUCAAGAACGGGACGAGCUAUCGCUAAACCAAAAUCAAAGGUGUUGGAGAGAUUGCCAACAAUCGGUGAAGUAUUUCGUUUUGCUCAAGAUGGGGAGUUGGACUCGUUAAGAUUAGUUCUAUCGAAGGGACAUUAUAAUGUGAAUAUAACUGAUAACUUUGGUUGGACUUUACUGAUGAGUGCGGCUUAUGCUGGACACACGAACACAGUUGGAUAUUUGUUGAGUAUCGGAGCAGAGUGGAGAAAAAUGGUAGACAGCUCAGGACAGAAUGCUGUGGAUCUUGCAUUGAGUGCUGGCCAUACUCACAUAGCUGAACUCCUGGAACCUUGUGAAGAUAAUAAAGAUUCACCAGAAGCAAAAGACAAUAGUUCUUAUAAAGACGCUAGUUCUUAUAAAAACGCUGUCGAAUCUCACGCUUGUGUUCAAGACACUAAUGAAAAUGGAGGACCAUAUUUUUGUGAUAUCUGCCAGUUAACAAUUUCUCAAGACAUUCCACACAAGCACGGCACAUCCACACUUCACCAGUUUAACUGUCAAUACCAACCCGGUGUACACACAGUCUAUGGCAUCCCUCAGUCGAACAGAGGCUAUCAAAUGCUGCUCAGGGAAGGCUGGGAUCCGGAAGGAGGUCUUGGCUCCGAGCAGCAAGGUCAACAGUUUCCAGUGAAGACUGUUCUCAAAAGAGACCGACUUGGAUUUGGUAUUAAAGGGAAGGAUAAAGCUCGAGUGACUCAUUUUGAGGCCGGAGACACAGCUGCUAUAAGGAGGCCCAGCGAGGAGUGUUUUGUGGAUGCCAAACAGUUAAAGAAGAAGGACAUUGUAAGAGAAGCUAAAAAGGACAAACAAUGGGAGCUGAGAAUGAGACAGUACCUUAACACUGACGCUAAUUUUUGAGCUUAUAUUUUUAUCCCCACGACAUAAUAAAUAAAUCUAUGUAUAAUUAUGUGUGUACAUGCAUGUGUAUGGACUGUAUGGUAUUAAUCAUUAAUGUAACUACUGUGAAACAAACUUGCUGUAUUUAGCUUGUAAGAUGGACAUAUUUACCAAAUGACAAUAGAAUGGAAUGGCCAGCAGUUAGCUUGUAAGAUGGACAUAUUUACCAAAUGACAAUAGAAUGGAAUGGCCAGCAGAGAAGAAGUGUUUAAAGACAAGGUCUUAGAGGCACACCACAAACGACUGUAUGGCAAUCCCAAUGUGGAGAACCACUCAAGUUCUGCGGAUCAAGAAUCAGAUUCCAAUGAUCCUGGGUCUCACGUCUCCAAGCAAGUACAGUCUGAUUCCAGUACCUAUCUAGUCGAUGAAGAAAGAGGGUCUCUGCAUUCGGUUCAUGAGACAUUUUUGAAACGCCAAUUAAAGCAAUCUGCAAGGUACCAUCACUUGAUGAGGGAACUGCCUCAAACAGUUUCGUCAAAGAGAAAACUUGAUACAUCCCUCACUGAAGCAGAUAUUGCUGCUCCACCCAACAAAAGCUUCAGAAUAAAUGAGAACCCCGAUGGUAGCACACUUGUGAGAGGUCAGAGAAUGGUUUCUGCUCAAGAGAAGAACAAAAGACGGAAAGAAAAAAAGAAAAAAGCUAAAGAGAAGAAGCCAAUGGCUACAAGCAAACAAACUAUUUAGAUACCAAAAGUAUGUUUUAAAAGAGAGAUUCUGUAGAAACCCUAAAAUGAAGCGGUAGAGUUUAUAGCCUCAGCCCCAGGCCGAUUUUUUUUAAUAGAAUGAAGUUGAAAAAUACAGCGUAGCUAAAGACAACUCGGCUGGGAACGAGGCUAUAGAGUUUAUAGAUCUAUCUCUAGAUUGAUACAAA